AGGCGCGGGGGAGUCCUGGGACUCAUGGCGGAAGCGGACCUGGUUGCUGAUUUUCCCCAGCCCGCCGGUGCUGCGCGCUCGGCCGAGGUUAUGGCUCAUUUCGCCUCCAGGCUGGGCGCGCAGGGAAAACGGGUAGUGUUAGUAACGUCCGGCGGCACCAAGGUCCCGCUCGAAGCUCGGCCAGUGCGUUUCCUGGACAACUUCAGCAGCGGGCGGCGCGGGGCAACCUCGGCCGAGGCCUUCCUGGCUGCAGGCUAUGGGGUUCUGUUCCUCUACCGCGCUCGCUCUGCGUUUCCCUUUGCCCACCGCUUCCCUCCCCAAACCUGGCUGUCGGCUCUGCGGCCCUCCAGUCCAGCCACUUCGGGCUUACUGAGACUGGAGGUUGAGGAGAAUGCACUUCCUGGCUUUGCAGCUGCUCUGCGGAGCUACCAGGAGGCUGCGGCUGCCGGCACCUUCCUGGCGGUGGAGUUCACCACUUUGGCGGACUAUUUGCAUCUUUUGCAGGCUGCGGCCCAGGCGCUCAACCCGCUAGGCCCUUCUGCGAUGUUUUACCUGGCUGCGGCCGUGUCAGAUUUCUAUGUUCCUGUCUCUGAAAUGCCUGAACACAAGAUCCAGUCAUCUGGGGGCCCACUGCAGAUAACAAUGAAGAUGGUGCCAAAAAUGCUUUCUCCUUUGGUUAAAGACUGGGCUCCCAAAGCAUUUAUAAUUUCCUUUAAGUUGGAGACUAAUCCCUCCAUCUUAAUUGAUCGUGCACGGAAUGCUUUGGAAGUUUAUCGACAUCAAGUGGUGGUGGCUAAUAUCCUUGAGUCACGACGGUCCUUUGUGGUUAUUAUAACCAAAGGUUCAGAAACUAAGUUAUUGCUAUCAGAGGAAGAAAUAGAAAAAGGCAUCGAGAUAGAAGAGAAGAUAGUGGAUGAUCUUCAAUCUCGACACACAGCUUUUAUACAAGACAACAACUGAAGGAUCAGAAAUUACAGGAUCAAAAAUUGUUCAGUGGACCAGGGCUCUUAAAGAUGGUGAGAACUAGAAUAAACCCUCUGCUUUCAUAAAGACAGAAAAUGAAGGGAAAAAGCAGUGAGUGGUGUGCAGGCAAAUAUGGUUUGCUAUUUGUCUUUCAAAAGUCACUUCAUACUUAACUAAAAACGAAAACAAAAGCAAAGCAGUUAUGACCAGCCCACCUGACACACUUGCCUGAAUGUCACCUUGCUUUUGAAAAUGAACAUGAGUUGUUUCUCACCCUUUAAAAAAGAGCUUCCUGGGAAUUCUACUCUUUAAAAUAUACAUGUGGGGCCUGAAUAUCAACCAUCUUCAUAUUAUAAAAUGGAUAUGUAUUCAUGAAGGCCAUGCUUUGAAGAUAAAAAUAGUUGUUAAUGCCUACUAUGUGAUAGGCCUUGAUAAUUAUGAAGAUUAAAAAAAUAUGUCUAGUUUGGGAAAUGGAUAUAUUAAAAAAAUUAAGUGCAAUAAAGUGUGUGCCCAAAAGUUGACACAAUGGAGAGGAUUUUGUUCUUUGGGGAUUUAUCAAAGAUGGGAUUAGGAGAGAAGGACACCUCCCUGAAGAUAGAUUGCCUGGGGAAUGAUGAGCUUCCCCCUAGUUUACUUUUUUGCUUGCUUUUACCUUUCAAAUAUUUCAGAACUGCUUUUUAGGGAAACAACCUGGGGUUCCACCUGGAGCCAGGCCAGGGCCGAUUGGUAAUCUCUACCCUGAGGGAAGCAUUACAGUGUGGUAAAGAACAUGGGCUUUGGAAUCAUCUUAGGUUUAUGACUUCUCCAGCUGUACCACCUAUUAGCUCUGUAAACUUAGACACCUGACUUAAUUUCAGUUUCCUCAUCUUUAAAAUGGGGAUAAUCUGCAAAACAAUGCCAUUUGUAGUGAGGAUUAAAUAAAACUG